CGGGAAAACCCUGAAAAGAUUGUGAUGGAAGUUUCAAGUCUUCCGAUAUCGGCGUCGCUGAGAGCGAAGCUUAUCUCCGGCGGCUACACUUCUAUAUCUUCUCUCUUUUCCGUUUCUCACUCCGAUAUUGCCCGCGAUCUAAAGAUUUCAGAAAAUGAGGCGCUCGAGAUUUUGAGAGUUGCAUCACAAAGGAGGGGAUCGGAAAGAUGUAAUGGAACUAGCUCUAUUGUCAAUGGAGCACAGAGUGCCUGGGAAAUGCUAAACGAGGAGAAAUCGCUUGGACGUAUCACAACAUCCUGUUCAGAAUUGGAUGACAUCUUGGGUGGGGGUAUAAGUUGCAGAGAGGUUACUGAAAUUGGUGGGGUGCCAGGAAUUGGUAAAACGCAACUUGGGAUACAACUUGCAGUGAACGUUCAAAUUCCCAUGGAUUAUGGCGGUCUCCAAGGCAAGGCAGUAUAUAUAGAUACAGAAGGAAGCUUCAUGGUGGAGCGUGCUUUACAAAUUGCUGAAGCUUGUUUGGAAGAUAUGCGCGAAUAUCAUGGAUUUUUAAAGAGGGAUUUACAAGCUUGUCAAGUUAACAUGCAGCCAAAGGAUUUCCUUGAGAAUAUAUUCUAUUUUCGCGUUUGUAGUUACACUGAGCAAAUUGCUGUUGUAAAUUACUUGGAAAAGUUCAUCUCAGAGCAUAAAGAUGUUAAGGUUGUUAUUAUUGAUAGCAUUACAUUCCAUUUCCGUCAAGAUUUUGAUGACAUGGCCCUUAGAACCAGACUACUGGGUGGAAUGGCUUUAAAGUUGAUGAAGCUUGCAAAGAAAUAUACUUUGGCAGUCAUCCUCUUGAAUCAAGUAACCACCAAGUAUACAGACGGCCAAUAUCAAUUAACUCUUGCAUUAGGAGAUAGCUGGUCACAUGCUUGCACUAACCGGGUGAUUCUAUACUGGAAUGGUAACGAAAGGUAUGCAUACAUUGACAAGUCGCCUUCUGUUCGAUCAGCAGCAGCCGCAUAUUCCGUAACAGGCAGAGGGAUUCGGAGCUGUGUUUCAAACUGUAAACGAGUCAAGAUGAUGUAAGUUCUUGGUUUAAAUUUUAAGGAUAAAUGAAUGGAACUCGUUUCUAUCUUUCUCCAGGGUGAGAAACUGAGCUUUACAUGAAGUGACAUGAUCUUGUAAAUACUGUGGUUAGCCAUGAGUCUCUGUUGUAUGAGAAAAUAAAUUAUUUGUGU